GUUAGCUUCCAGCAGGCAGCGCGCGCACGGAGCUAGUGGGACAAGAGGAAGAAGAAGCAGCUUCUUUCGAGAUAACGUGUGUCCGGCGUGUUGUGGCUUCCUGUGACCGGCUUCACGUGUGACAGUCGGCUGGGUUUGAGUGAGAAACACCGCUGGAACGACAGGAAACUUCAGUCAUUUUCUCCUUGGACAGGUGACGCCACUAUGAGCAGGCCGGCCGAGCGCUGGACCAUGUGAGCACAGCGAGCAGAAAGGGCGACUUCCUGUCAGAGCGAGAGAGCGGGUCGAGGAGAGAGGAGGACGUGUUGAGAGAAGGAAUGGGCGUGGGGAAGAACUCCACCUGUAAAUCCAUGGACUCCAACGCUGAGCCGGGCAAAUAUGAGGAGGAGAGCAAACACAGUGCCAACUUCUACCCCAUCCCCGUGGUGGUUAAUGGAGUGUCCCCGACCCCUGGAGACCAGGACAGAGAGGACACCGAACUCAUGGCCAUCUACACUAAAGACAGACAAGCAGCUGAUAAAAGUUCUUUAUCUGAGACGGUGGACAGCACAGAAUCUAUGGCUGCCAGGAGAAUGGACAUGAUCUACACCAUCGAAGACACCCCACCUUGGUACCUGUGCAUCUUCCUGGGUUUACAGCAUUACCUAACGUGCUUCAGUGGGACGAUCGCCGUACCCUUCCUGCUAGCCGAGGCCAUGUGUGUGGGAUUCGACCAAUGGGCUACAAGCCAGCUGAUCGGCACCAUCUUCUUCUGCGUGGGCAUCACCACACUGCUGCAGACCACCAUCGGCUGCCGACUUCCACUUUUCCAGGCAAGUGCGUUUGCUUUCCUUGCCCCGGCCAGAGCCAUACUGUCAUUAGAGAAGUGGAAGUGUAAUGCAACAGAUAUUCCUUUGGUGAACAGCACUGAGCUCAUGCACACAGAGCACAUCUGGUACCCCAGGAUACGAGAGAUUCAGGGUGCUAUAAUUGUGUCCUCCAUGGUGGAGGUGUGUGUGGGAGCGUUGGGUCUCCCGGGUCUGUUGUUGAAGUACAUCGGGCCGCUCACCAUCACACCGACCGUGGCCCUGAUCGGCCUCUCCGGCUUCCAGGCAGCAGGAGAAAGGGCAGGCAAACACUGGGGCAUCGCUAUGCUGACGAUCUUUCUGGUGCUGCUGUUCUCUCAGUACGCACGCAACGUGCAGCUGCCACUUCCCAUCUACAAAGCCAAGAAAGGCUGGACCUCCUACCGCCUCCAGCUCUUCAAGAUGUUCCCCAUCAUCAUGGCAAUCCUGGUCUCUUGGUUUCUGUGUUUCAUCUUCACGGUGACAGACGUGUUUCCUCCUCAGAAGGACAAGUAUGGCUACUACGCCCGCACAGAUGCCAGGCAGGGCAUCCUGGCAGCUGCUCCCUGGUUUAAAGUUCCCUACCCCUUUCAGUGGGGGUUGCCAACGGUAACGGCAGCCGGGGUGAUUGGGAUGAUGAGCGCCGUGGUCGCCAGCAUCAUCGAGUCUAUUGGAGACUAUUACGCCUGUGCGCGACUGUCCUGUGCCCCGCCUCCUCCUGUACACGCCAUCAACAGGGGGAUUUUUGUCGAAGGUCUGUCCUGUGUACUGGACGGUUUGUUCGGCACAGGAAACGGUUCUACGUCUUCCAGUCCAAACAUCGGGGUUCUGGGGAUCACGAAGGUGGGCAGUAGGCGGGUGAUACAGUACGGAGCGGUGCUAAUGCUGCUGCUCGGCACCGUGGGGAAGUUCAGCGCUCUCUUCGCGUCUCUCCCGGACCCUGUGCUCGGUGCACUUUUCUGCACGCUCUUCGGCAUGAUCACGGCCGUGGGCUUGUCCAACCUGCAGUUCGUCGACCUCAACUCCUCACGCAACCUCUUCGUCCUCGGCUUCUCUAUUUUCUUCGGUCUGGUGCUGCCCAAUUACCUCAAGGGAAACCCUCUUGUCACCGGAAUCGUGGAGAUCGACCAGGUUCUGAACGUUCUCCUGACCACAGCCAUGUUUGUCGGAGGUUCCGUGGCCUUCAUUCUAGACAACACUAUACCUGGCACUCCGGAGGAGCGAGGGAUCCGUAAGCUGAAGCGCGGCUCCUGUUCCGGUGGCUCUGAGCUGAAAGGGAUGCGAUCCUAUGACCUGCCAUUCGGAAUGGACUUCCUGCAGCGCCACAGCGUCUUCCAGUACCUGCCCAUCAGCCCCACGUUCAGCGGUUACCAGUGGAACAGACUGGGUGGAGCGUGUCGGGGGCGGAGCAGCUCACGAGGAGAGGAGGGUGGUGUGGCUGUGAGGAUGGAGGCAGGAGAAAGCAGAGUGUAAAACAGAAAGCUAGUAUUUCCUGCGCCAUGCUGUUGUCAAAGCCCCCUCUGAGCUCGUGUGUGUGUGUGUGUGUGUGUGUGUGUGUGUGUGUGUGUGUGUCAUGGAUACAAUCCACCACAGGGCGACGAUCUUAAGACAUCUCGCAGGCCAAAAGAUGGAAAGGAUUCUGCAGGAAGAAAAAAAACACGCACACGCAAAACACACUUAUGUUUUAUUCCCUUAGUGAACCUGCACUGCACUGAGAAAUUCAGUUUAUGUAUUUACUGUUUCUUUAGUUUUAUGAUUUAUUUUUUUCCCCCCAACAAUUCUGUCAAAGCUGAUCGUUCACUAAAUGCAAAAUAGUUGCAAUCUGUUUGAUUAUGCAAGAGUCUGCAAGAAACACGUGUUUUUUUUGUCGUCUUACAACCUCGACCCAACUCCCUCUCAGACUCCUAACUCUCUGUCUGGUUUUCGUUGUCCUACAAAAUGUCAUGAGACAGGACGUGUACAGCGGCUGUAAGGAGGUGGCGUAGUCUGCCAGCAUAAAGAAAAGUGGGCGGGGCAUGAAAGGGAACCUACAGGAACUUUUUAUUUGUGGGAGGAAAAAAAAAAAAAACGUGCACAAUCUUUCACUUUAAUGCAAACGUAGUCCGAACAGCUAAGGCAUGUUUUUGACGUCUGAUCUUUUACUUCUUUACGACUGCACAGGACGUCUGUCUCGCCUGUUUAACAUCAAAACAACAAUACAGAGAGAUGACGAAACGAGGGGAAAAGCAAGGCCUUUAUAGCACUGUUCUGUCAUCAGCAGUGGAUUGUGUUGUUGCUCAAGGGCCCAGCGGUGGACUCUCGGUGGACCUGUGACUCGAACUCAAACUCCCUGUCAGUGUCAGACCCCUGUGUGAGUCUUGAGUGUGACGUCACCGAUGACAUGGAGCUGAUUGGGUGAAAGACUUCUGUGAACAGCAGCAGCUCAAUCUGUAGAGAAAAAGCUCUUAAGAUAAAAACGAGCGAACAUCAGACACCAAACAUGUCUUUUUGUUCGACUGCACUGAAGCGAAUGCAUGUUGUUGUUUUUUUUUUUUCCUUUCUUUCCUGAACUGCUCCUUUUAUUUCUAAAAAAAAAAAAAAGCCAAAGGCACGUAUCAGCCUCUCCAGGAUUUCUGUUUUAUUUGUUGGUGCUUGGACCAUAAAAUUGUAAGCACCGGAUUUGUUACCGUAUGUAACGACUUUCUAUGUUUAUCGUCAUGUCACUUUGUUCUAUGUUGUUGUUGUUCUUCUUUUAUUCCAUUUUGAAUAAUAGUAAUCUCAGAAUAUUGAAUAUGGUGAGAUCCUGGAGCGACCGAUCUGUCUGACGUUCUUCUGCUGAAAGCUACCUGUUUUAUGUCCGCUACGAGGAGCUUUGAGUCGCACUGUACGAUUCCUGUUUGAUUGGGUUUGGUCUUCACACUGUAGCCUUUGUUCUUAGUUUGUUGGGGUGUUUAUUUGUUUUUGUUUUUGUUUGUUUGUUUUUUCUUCUACACGUUCUACAAGCGGUGUUUCUAAAAUCUGAAAAGAAUUUAUUCGAUGCCUGUUCGUUCACUCGUCGAUUGCCGACAAGCCAAAAGAAAAAAUAACGUGAGUACAGACGACUGCGUCACUUCCCGCCCUCGUGGACCAGAUCACGUUCGCGUAUUUAUUUAUUUAUUUGUUUGUUUGUGCUAGUCCGAGCCGCCGGCCGGAAAAUUCCGCGUGAGCAGAAACGAGAAAAACAGAAAACUAGAGAGAAUUUACUGGAAUGUUUGUUCACGGAUUUACACUCGAACUGGUGCUUCAUGAGAAAAAUGUCAUUCCAUGUGUCGUGUUGUUUUGAUUCAGUCAUCACUUUCUUUUUUUUUUUUUAACCGCAAAAAUCUACACACUACUGGUGCAAUUUUUUUUAUUAACUGGGUAUAUUGUUUGUUUGCAUUUUUAUUUUUUUUUAAAUGACUCACUUGUAGGAACCGUUUUAUUCUUAACACCGAGGGUCGGCUUUUUAACCCUAAACUCUGGAGCUGCACCAACACAGUUUAAAUUAACCAAAUGGUUUGACUUUAAUCAAGAAUUUGUUCAUUUGAGUUUGACUCUAAUUCACGUCGAUUAGGAUUUAAGUUAUUUGUCUUAACCUGUAAAGAAAUCCUUUUUUUUUUU